AUGUCCGCCUUCACCUCCCUCCGCCCAACCCUCCGCCUGGCAAACACAGCCCGCACCUUCAGCUCCUCAGCCGUGCGCCCUGUCGCCCGCAUGACCAUUACCGGCCGCUUAGCCGCCGACCCCGAGCUCCAAGCUACCUCUAGCGGACAGGAUAUUAUCAAGUACGCCGUUGGUACUUCGUACGGACCCAGCGACAACAGACAGACGAGCUGGUUCAAGAUUGCUAGCUUUGCGGAGGGUUCACAGCGGGAUUAUUUGAUGGGAUUGCAGAAGGGUACCCUUGUCUAUGUGGAGGGUGAUGCUAGAAUGAAGACCUACGAGGAUGCUGAGGGUCGGAAACAGUCUAGCUUGAGCAUUGUGCAGCGUAUGUUUGAUCUGUUUUGA